AUGGUGUGCUGUUCUUCUGUGUUCUUUCAGAAUUUCACGUUCCUUUCUUCUUCUCUCCCAUUCUUGUUUUAGUUUUCCACCAAAAAAAAGAUUAAUAAUAAUAAUUAUUCUACUGAUUUCAAUUACUCCCAGACUUUGCGCCGCUGAGAAAACGAAAAGGAAAGAAAAAACAACAAAAGCCAAGAAGAAGCUUUCCAUUUUCAGAUGUUCUUUUGAAUCUGUUCAUCAUUCCGAGUAGUGAGGUUUUAUCUUGAAAAAUGGGUAAUUGUUUGGACUCAUCAGCUAAAGUGGAUAGUAGCAGCCACAGUCCUCAUGCUAAUUCUGGUUCAUCGGGCUCAAGAGUUUCUAGCAAGACAAGCCGUUCCACAGUUCCUUCAAGCUUAAGCAUAAACUCUUACAGUAGUUUAGAGUCUUUACCUACACCAAGAACAGAAGGAGAGAUAUUGUCAUCACCGAAUCUUAAAGCUUUCACCUUCAAUGAGCUCAAGAGCGCUACUAGGAAUUUUCGUCCCGAUAGUCUUUUAGGUGAAGGAGGUUUUGGUUAUGUCUUCAAAGGAUGGAUCGAUGGAACAACUUUCACUGCUUCUAAACCGGGUUCUGGAAUCGUUGUUGCUGUUAAGAAGCUCAAAACUGAAGGAUUUCAAGGUCACAAGGAGUGGUUGACUGAAGUGAACUAUCUUGGUCAGCUUAGUCACCCAAAUCUUGUCAAACUAGUUGGUUAUUGUGUAGAGGGAGAAGACAGGUUAUUGGUAUAUGAGUUCAUGCCAAAAGGAAGCUUGGAGAAUCAUCUGUUUAGACGUGGUGCGCAGCCACUAACAUGGGCGAUAAGGAUGAAAGUUGCAACAGGAGCAGCCAAGGGGCUUACUUUUCUUCACGACGCUAAAUCACAAGUGAUAUAUAGAGACUUCAAAGCUGCUAACAUUCUACUCGACGCUGAAUUCAACGCUAAACUUUCAGACUUCGGUCUAGCUAAAGCAGGUCCUACUGGUGAUAGGACACAUGUGUCCACACAAGUCAUGGGUACUCACGGAUACGCAGCCCCUGAAUAUGUAGCCACAGGUCGAUUAACAGCUAAGAGCGACGUAUACAGUUUUGGUGUGGUACUACUGGAAUUACUCUCAGGACGAAGAGCGGUGGACAAAUCAAAAGUAGGAAUGGAACAGAGUCUUGUGGAUUGGGCAACACCUUAUCUAGGCGACAAGCGAAAGCUCUUUCGAAUAAUGGACACGAGAUUAGGCGGUCAGUAUCCUCAAAAAGGAGCAUACACAGCUGCUAGUCUUGCAUUGCAAUGCCUAAACCCUGACGCAAAGCUCAGACCAAAAAUGUCGGAAGUUUUGGCCAAACUAGAUCAGCUUGAAUCAAUAACUACUAAACCUGGAACUGGAAUUGGAACUAGACAAGGUCAGAUUGAUUCUCCAAGAGGUAGUACUGGAAUUGGCACUAGACAAGCUCAGAUUGAUUCUCCGAGAGGCAGUAAUGGAAUUGGAACCAGACAAGCUCAGAUUGAUUCUCCGAGAAGAAGUACUGGAACUGGAACCAGACAAGGUCAGAUUGAUUCUCCGAGAGGUAGUAACGGAUCUGUUGUACAGAAAUCUCCCAGGAGGUAUAGUUAUGAUCGGCCUCUCUUGCACAUAACUCCUGUUGCUUCUCCUCUGCCUUCUCACAAUCAAUCUCCUCGUGUAAGAUAGAAUCACUGUAAUAGUUUUCUGUUGUAUUGUGGCUCCUCUGUGUGUAAAAUAAUGUAUCUGUUUAUUUCAACACUAUAUGGAUGAGAAUGUGAUGGUUUUUCGUUUUUAA